GGUCCUGACACGAUGUUGAUGACUGCACGCAGCAGCUCUGGAGGCUUCAGUCUCGGAGGAGGAGGAGGACGGAUGAGCGCCUUCAGUGUGAGUGGAGGAGCCGGCGGCAGCGGCGUGCGCGUCUCCUCCGCCUCCAGGUCCUUCUCUGCAGGAGGUGGUGCCGGGUUCGGUGCUGGUGGAGGUUUCGGUGCCGGAGCUGGAUUCGGUGGCGGCGCAGGUUUUGGAGCUGGCGCUGGCUUUGGAGCAGGUGCAGGAGCCGGAAUGGGGGAUGGCGGCGUGAUCGGAAAUGAGAAGUUCACAAUGCAGAACCUGAACGACCGUCUGGCUGCGUACCUCGCCAAAGUGUCAUCUCUGGAGAAGGCCAACGCAGACCUGGAGCUCAAGAUCAGACAGUUUGUGGAGAGCCGCGUGGGACCAGCCACACGGGACUACUCCGCAUUCUACAUCACCAUCGCAGAACUGCAGGCCAAGAUCCUUGACGCCAUCAUCGCCAAAGGAGCCGUGGUCCUGAGCAUUGACAACGCCCACCUCGCCCAGGACGACUUCAGAGCCAAGUACGAGAACGAGCUGUCCAUGCGUCAGUCAGUGGAGGCUGACAUCGCCGGGCUGAAGAUGAUGCUGGGGGAGCUGGGAAUGGCCAAAGCCGACAUGAGUCUGCAGAUCGAUGCCCUGAAGGACGACCUGGUGUCUCUCAAGAAGAACCACGAGGAGGACUUGCUGCUCAUGCGCUCUCAGAUGAGUGGUCAGGUGAACGUGGAGGUGGACGCUGCUCCUCAGGAAGAUCUCACCAAAAUCAUGGCUGAGAUCCGCGAGCACUACGAGGCCGUCGCCGCCAAGAACCAGAGGGAACUUGAGGGAUGGUUCCAGGCCAAGUCCGAGGUGCUGUCGAAGGAGGUGGCUACCACAGAGAUGACCCUGAAGUCCUCCACAUCAGAAGUCAAAGAAGUAAAGAGCACUCUGCAGGCCUUGGAGAUUGAACUGCAGUCCAUGCUCAGCAUGAAAGCGUCUCUUGAAGCGACUUUGGCUGAGAUCCAGGGCAGAUACGCAAUGCAGCUCAGUGGCUUCCAGAUGAAGGUAACGGGAAUGGAGGAACAGCUGGUGUCGCUCAGAGCAGACUCCGAGCGACAGGGACAGGAGUACCAGAUGCUCCUCGACAUCAAGACCAGACUGGAGAUGGAGAUCGCAGAAUACCGCCGCCUGCUGGACGGAGAGGGAGCCAGCUCUGUUAAGCUCUCCUCCUCCUCCGGUUUCUCCUCCUCCUCCUCCUCCUCAACUACAACCACCACCAAAGUUGUGACCACAGUGGUAGAAGAGGUCAUCUCCUCAUAAGGAUGAACAAGAACCUCCACAGGAUCUCCUCAGAACAUCAGGAAAACAUCAGAGAACACUGCAGAACAUCUCCCAUCUUGACGACCAAAGCCACGCCCAGAGGAAGCAGAGCGCCGCACUUCCACCAAAUAACACCAUCAUGUUGAAAGUGUGAGCACCCCCUGUCUGUCUCUGAGAG